UUUUGAAUUUAGGUUUUAACGUAAAUCUUCUUCAAGCCCGGCAUCUCGUAAUAUAUGAGCGAUUUUUGUGCCACUCCCUUGGGGAAUUCCGCUGUGGUAUGAGCGGUAUGAGAAUACUUGGGAGGUGAGCAUUUUUGUGCAGGCUUGUGAUCGUCCAUGGCUACCAUGCAUUUGGGAGGAGUUCGCGAUCUUGGGAGGGUUCGGCAAUGCAGUCAACCCAACAACACCAUGUCCAUGAUUAUGGCGCAUGCAUCGCCUAAUUACUCAGUGUCGCUAGCAAAGUGCAUUAGACGAAUCCAGGGCAUGGCCUCCAGGAACGAGGCCAUGCUAUUUACACUUCAAUUACCUCACCUUGACCUGACAGUGGUUCUUCAUAUAUAAUAGGGGCUCAACUCGCCUGCAAUAAACGACUCUUUACCCUCUGCUUACCACCAAAGCUUACAUUCCACCAAUCGUCCCCAAUCCAAACAUCGUGUAAUUAGCAAUGGCUGAGGAAAGUUCCCUGGGAGAACCGUCAGACAAGGAGGGGGAUCGCGACCCCCGCGACCCCCGCGACCUCCGCAUCACCUUCUUUGACGACAUUCGAGAUGGCCGCCAGGCUCGCGAUACGGCCACUGGCCAGACCCGGGGCCCUGAAUCUCGCUCUCGUUCGCACAAGCGAUCCAUGAGCCGCGACUCCGCAUCGAGCUCCAGAAGCCGUCGUGCAACGUCGCAAUAUCCAGCGAUUCCCAUCGAGUACCGGACCCUCUCCAUCCAGGCAAGCCAGAGCCGCAACGUCGAGGCCAACACCUCGGCCGACACUAAAAAGGUCAAGAAGGAUGACGAGGACUACUUUGCAAACCUGACUUUCCACGAGCUCGAUGUCACCCAGAUUUGCCAGCAGCUGAAUGUCGCGCGCGACCAGGGGUUGUCGGAAGAGGCAGCGGCCAGGCGCCUUCAGCGCGACGGCAGAAACACCCUCCCGAAGACCAAAACCAACUACUGGAAAAAAAUUAUCAGCUACGUUUUCGGCGGCUUCUGUUCUGUUCUCUGGGUCGGAGUCAUCAUCUUCUUCAUCUGCUGGAAACCCCUGAGCAAACCCCCGUCUCCCACGAACCUUGCCCUUGCCAUCUUGGUCCUCAUCGUCAUCCUCUUGCAGGCCGGGUUCUCGGCCUUUCAGGACUGGUCGACGCAGCGGACGAUGAAGUCCAUCACCGACCUUCUCCCCUCCGAGACGCUGGUGCUCCGGGACGGCUUGCUGCGGAAACUCCCGGCCACGGAGCUCGUCAGCGGCGAUAUCGUGCAUCUCCAGAUAGGCAACAAGGUCCCUGCAGAUCUGCGCCUCCUGAGCCACUCGGGCGACAUUCGUUUUGACCGCGCCGUUCUCACCGGCGAGUCGGACGAGGUCGAAGGCACCGUCGACACCACGGACCCCAACAUCCUCGAGAGCCGCAAUAUCGCGCUGAUGGGCACCCUCGUGGUAAACGGCAGCGGCACCGGGGUGGUGAUCCUGACGGGCUCGCGGUCGGUCAUGGGUCGCAUCGCCCAUGCCACUGCCACCGCCGAGACCCGCUCGACGCUGAUCCAGCAGGAGAUCUGGCGGUUCGUCCGGAUCAUCAUCUGCCUCACCGUCGUUAUGGCGCUGGUCAUUUUCAUCGCCUGGGUCGCCUGGCUGAGGCGGGAUCACCCCAGAUACAUGAACGUGGUGGCGAUGCUCAACAACGUCCUGGGUUGCGUGAUAGCGUUCAUCCCCGAGGGCAUGCCUGUUGCCGUGGCCCUGACUCUGCUGAUGGUUGCUCGCCGCAUGAAGGCCGCCGACGUCCUGCCCAAGGGCCUAACGACGGUCGAGACCCUGGGCUGCGUCAACGUCAUCUGCUCCGACAAGACCGGCACGUUGACAAUGAACCAGAUGUGCGUCAGCUCGGUUGCAUUCCUCGACCAGCCCCUGACCCCCGAAGACUUCCAUCACAAGCUGGAAGUCGAAGAGCCGGAACAGGGCAUCCUCACGCUCCGCAAAGCUGCCCUCCUCUGCAACGACGCGUCCUUCGACCCCACUUCGCUCUCCCUCCCAGCCAGCGACCGGCCCGUGCAGGGCAACGCCACCGACGCCGCCGUCCUCCGAUUCGUGGCCAGCGGCAAGGACGGCGACAGCCUGCGGGCCUCCUUCCCGCGCGCGUUUGAGAUCCCCUUCAACUCGAAGAACAAGUGGAUGCUCACCAUGCACCGCGCGUCCGACGCCGAAGACCCAUCGGGUUCGGGCUCGGGGUCGGGCCGGUACCAAGUCUUCGUCAAGGGCGCCCCGGACGUCCUCCUCCCGGCGUGCACCCGCUUCUGGUCCGGCCGAUCGAACUCGACGCAGCCCCUAGACGACGCCGCGCGAGCCUCCCUCAAGGCCUACCAGGACGUCCUGUCGCGGCGGGCGGAGCGGGUGAUUGUGCUCUGCGAGAAGACGGCGCGCCCGAUCGGCCGCCCGGGGACCAACGCGUUCAGCGACGAGGUCACCGCGUCGGCCGGGCGCGACCUGACGGUCGUCGGGAUCGUCGGGCUCGUCGACCCGGCCCGGCCCGAGGCGCGGUCCACCGUCGAGCAGUGCCGCCGCGCCGGCGCCAGGUUCUUCAUGGUCACGGGGGACUACGGCCUCACGGCGGCGGCGGUCGCGCGCGGGGUCGGCAUCUUCACGGGUGAGGGCGAGCCGGAUAGGCUCGGGACCAUGCGUCAUCACCAUGACGACGACGACGAUAUCGAUCAUGACGAUUACGGCCACCGCGGGGCUGAUGAGCCGAGACAUGGCAGCCUGUUGCUCGAGGGCCCGGAGUUGGCGCGCCUGGUGGAGGCGGACUGGGACGCGGUCUGCGAGUACGAGGAGAUUGUGUUCGCGCGGACGACGCCGGAGCAGAAGCUUCGCGUGGUCGAGGAGCUGCGCCAACGCGGGGGCGUCGUGGCGGUGACCGGGGACGGAGUCAACGAUGCGCCGGCCCUCCGCGCGGCAGACGUGGGCAUCGCCGUAGCUGCUGGCAGCGACGUUGCCGUCGAGGCCGCGGAUCUGGUGCUGCUCGGCGGGAUCGGGUCCAUCGUCGACGCGAUCCGGCUCGGCAGGCUCGUCUUCCAGAACCUGCAAAAGGUCAUCGCCUAUCUGCUGCCCGCCGGCAGCUGGUCCGAGAUCUGGCCCGUGCUGGUCAACGUCUUUCUCGGCGUGCCGCUACCCCUCAGCUCGUUCCUCAUGAUCAUCAUCUGCGUCUUCACCGACCUGUUCCUGUCCUUGUCGCUCAUCAUGGAGCGCGAGGAGUUUGACCUGCUGUCGCUGCCGCCGCGCAACCACAAGCGGGAUCACCUCAUCAACGUGCGCAUCUACAUCCAGUCGUACCUCUUCAUGGGCUGCAUGGAGACGUGCAUCGCCCACUCCAUGUUCUUCCUGUACAUGUUGAAGUACGCCCGCAUGCCGGCCAGCCAGCUAUUCUUCCUCUUCGAGGGCUACUCGGCCGGCUUCCACGGGUACACCGAGGACCAGCUGAGGGCCUUCAACGAGACGGGGCAGUGCGUCUACUUCGUGACGCUCGUCAUCCUGCAGUGGGGCAACAUCCUCGCCGUGCGCAACCGCCGGCUGAGCAUCGUUCAGGCGGACCCCUUUACCAAGAAGCGCCGGAACCCCUGGCUGAUGCUCAGCAUGCUGAUCAGCCUGUCCAUCGCCGUCUUCGUCACCGAGGUCCGCGGCAUCCAGGACCUCUUCGGUACGGCGCCCGUGCCGCUCGAGUUCUGGUUUAUACCGAUUCCGCUGGCCUUGGGCCUGCUCUGCAUGGACGAGAUGCGCAAGUUGCUCGUCCGGCUCUUCCCCAAGGGUCCUGUUGCCAAGAUAGCUUGGUGAUUGAUAUAAAUGGAGACUGUGGUGGCGACGGUGACAGGAAGGGCUAUUGACAGCGAUAAUAAAUAGCUAUCGAUAGCGACGGCCAUGACUAUCGACACGAGACACAUUGCCUUCCACCUCAGGAGGAGCCACCACCUCACAACACUCUGGAGAGACACUACUGCAUGGAGCAGAACAACGAAAGCUGGUGGUGGAAUUAGUUACUGUAUAUUCGGGCCACCGACCAACACGU